AUGGCGUUUGCUCCGAUUCUUCGCCGCGCUUCGGCCGCUAAAAACCUCUUUUCGUUAUCGAGACUCGCCGUUGGGUCUUCUCUCUCCUUUAGAUCUCUGCAAACUGGAUCCUCCGGCGAUGAUUGUCAACCCUCUCCGCCGUCUUCCACGGCUGGGUAUCACGUGAGCUCCGGCGGAUAUAUGCGUGGAGCCGUGUAUCGGGAACCUAAUAAGCCACUAACCAUCGAAGAAUUUCACAUUCCUCGUCCUAAAUCAAAUGAAAUUCUCAUCAAAACUAAGGCUUGUGGAGUUUGUCACUCUGAUCUUCAUGUGAUGAAAGGAGAGAUACCAUUUGCUAGUCCUUGUGUUAUUGGGCAUGAGAUAACUGGUGAAGUAGUUGAACACGGUCCACUUACUGAUCACAAGAUCAUAAAAAGAUUUCCGAUUGGGUUUCGUGUAGUUGGAGCUUUCAUUAUGCCUUGUGGAACCUGUUCUUAUUGUUCUAAGGGACAUGAUGAUUUAUGUGAAGACUUCUUUGCUUUUAACAGAGCUAAAGGAACUCUUUAUGAUGGCGAAACUCGGCUGUUUUUGCGACAUGAUGAUUCGCCAGUGUAUAUGUACAGUAUGGGAGGGAUGGCUGAGUACUGUGUCACACCAGCUCAUGGUUUAGCUCCUCUACCGGAGUCUUUGCCUUACACUGAAUCUGCGAUUCUAGGUUGUGCUGUUUUUACAGCAUAUGGUGCUAUGGCUCAUGCUGCUGAGAUCCGUCCUGGAGAUUCUAUCGCAGUAAUUGGAAUUGGUGGUGUUGGCUCCAGUUGUUUGCAGAUAGCGAGGGCUUUUGGUGCCUCCGAUAUAAUUGCUGUGGAUGUUCAGGAUGAUAAAUUGCAGAAGGCCAAGACUCUCGGUGCUACACAUAUUGUCAAUGCUGCUAAAGAAGAUGCUGUUGAAAGGAUAAGAGAAAUAACGGGUGGGUUGGGUGUCGAUGUCGCUGUUGAAGCUUUGGGAAAGCCUCAAACUUUCAUGCAGUGCACACUAAGUGUGAAAGAUGGUGGAAAAGCUGUGAUGAUUGGACUCUCACAAGCUGGAUCCGUUGGAGAAAUAGACAUAAACCGACUUGUUCGUAGGAAGAUAAAAGUUAUAGGCUCAUAUGGAGGAAGGGCAAGACAAGAUCUUCCUAAAGUAGUGAAAUUGGCAGAGUCAGGGAUUUUCAAUCUAACAAAGGCAGUUUCAAGUAAAUACAAGUUUGACGAUGCAGGAAAAGCAUUUCAAGAUCUCAACGAAGGAAAAAUCGUAAGCCGAGGUGUUGUUGAGAUACUAUAA